AAAACGCCCAUCAUUGAUCGCGAUGUCCUCCGUCACAUGUGCAGCCAAUCCUGCGUUUGAGGCCGACGCGAGCAAAGAUGAAAAAAUCGUAACGUCGCACGCAGAGUUUACCCUCAGCCCGUCUAACGCUGACGCCGAUGCUCAGGAGUCGCGGAGGAUAUUCAGAGAUGUCUGCUGCGUGGCUGCAGGUUUUUUCCUGCUCUUUACAAGCUACCAGUCCAUGGCGAACCUCCAGUCAUCGAUUAAUAAGGAAUACGGCACAAUCGCUCAGUCUAUUAUCUACGCAACACUGUUGCUCUCAUCGUUGUUUCUACCAACGUUGGUCAUAUCACAGUUAGGCGCGCGCAACACCAUCGCCGUAUCUAUGCUAGGCUACUCGCUCUACACCGCCGCGCAGUUCUACCCUACAGCUUACACUCUGAUACCUUCUGCCGCGAUACUUGGCCUAGCUGCAUCACCGCUCUGGUCUGCUAAAUGUACUUACUUAAACCUGGCUGCCCAGCGUUACGCCAAAUUGACUGGACAAAACAGAGAAGUCGUGGUAACGAGGUUUUUCGGGAUAUUCUUCGCAUUUUUCCAAAGCACCCAAGUGGUUGGAAACCUCAUAUCCUCCCUUGUAUUAACACAAGAUUCCGUUUGGGUAAACUCCACGGACCCUGCACUGCUGAGAUGCGGAGCUACGUUCUGUCAUGAAGAAAGUGCAAGCAAUGCUUCGUUGAUCAAAGAUAUUAGCGACACCCAGCGCUACACCAUGUCUGGCAUAUACCUAGCCUUCGCCUUGGCUGCUUCGGCCUUCAUCAUGGCAUUUGUCACGCCACUUAGUAGGCACUGCGACGAUGCAGUGGUGCGGUCAUCCACAGGCCGCAGCCCCACGCAGCAACUCCUUGCAACGCUCAGGCACCUGCGCAACCCGCAGCAAAUUCUCAUCAUUCCGUUCACGUUUUGGUCCGGCCUUAUGCAAGCUUUCUUAUCCGCCGAAUUUACGGCUGCGUACGUGUCAUGCGGUCUUGGAGUGUACAUGGUGGGCUACACGAUGAUCUGCUUCGGUGUGUUCGACGCGUUGUUCUCGUACUGCUGUAGCCCUAUGGUCAAGAGAGUGGGGCGAGUUCCCAUCUUUUGCUUCGCUUCGCUGCUACACUCUUGUCUCAUUGCCGUGCUGUUCCUAUGGGUGCCAAACCCUGAGCAAAUGUACGUCUUUUUCGUCAUCCCGGCCUUGUGGGGGAUUUGUGAUGCAGUGUGGCAGACGCAGAUGAACGCUCUGUACGGCGUCAUCUUCCCAGAGGACUCAGAAGCAGCGUUCAGCAACUACAAGCUCUGGGAGUCGUCAGGCUUCAUAGCUGCCUACAUCUGCAGCAACUUGAUAUGUGUUACUGCCAAGCUUUACAUACUGGCCGGCAGCCUUGCUCUUGGUUUCAUAGGUUACGUUUUCAUUGAAAUAUUUGAAUAUAGAAAGAAUAAACUUUCUUAACGAUGUCAGUUCAAUUUAAUUUUAAAGUUACUGUAAUAUCAGGUGUCUAUAUAUAUAUAUUCAUGUGUAGUGGCAAGUUAAAACAUAAAGAUUUACUGCAUUAUUGUGAAUUUUUCAACAAAUAGUUUACCAGGUUUUCAACUGAAACGAUCAUGUUGGAUUGAAGCUGAUAUAUAACUCUAUUGAUGUAAAAAAAUUUAGAUCGCUGUUAUAAUUUUAGAUUUUUC